AUGUCUCCACCCACAGACCGCGCCUCUAUCCUACAAAAUCUCCGUUCUCAAAUCAAAAAUGGAAACAUCAUCGUCGGUGCUGGCGCGGGUAUUGGUCUCAGCGCCAAAUUCAUCGAGGCAGGUGGCGGUGAUUUGAUUAUAAUAUAUAACAGCGGGAGAUACCGCAUGGCGGGGCGCGGGUCACUGGCUGGAUUGAUGCCGUAUGGCAAUGCGAAUGAUGUUGUGCUUGAGAUGGCCGGCGAAGUCCUUCCCAUCGUCAAAUCAACGCCCGUGCUCGCAGGUGUCUGCGCCACAGACCCUUUCCGCGACAUGUCGCGUUUCCUGAAGCAGCUCAAGGAUCUCGGGUUCGCGGGCAUCCAGAAUUUUCCUACUGUAGGUUUGAUCGAUGGGGCGUUUCGACAGAAUCUCGAGGAGACGGGUAUGUCGUAUGAUGCUGAAGUCGAGGUUGUCGAAAUGGCGCGAGAGAUGGAUCUCUUGACUACUCCGUACGUAUUCAAUGUUGAGGAGGCGAAGAAGAUGGCAAGUGCAGGUGCGGAUGUGCUGGUUGCACAUAUGGGGCUGACCACGUCGGGGAGUAUUGGGGCGGCGACGGGGAAAAGUCUGGAUGAGUGUGUGAAGCUGAUUCAGGAAAUUCGGGAUGCAGCGACGGAGAUCAAGGAUGACGUUAUUAUUUUGUGCCAUGGUGGUCCGAUUGCGAAGCCAGAGGAUGCAGAGUAUGUUGUUAGUCGGACGAAGGGUGUACAUGGCUUCUAUGGUGCGAGCUCCAUGGAGAGAUUACCUGUCGAGGAGGCUAUCACCAACAUCACGAAGACGUUCAAGGGAAUAAAUGCGAAACCGUAA